CGGCAGUCCAGUGACCUGGGAUCGUACCGGGGAGCCGGCGGCAGCCGGGGACGUGGGGAGAGCGUGGGACCAGGGAGGGAGCUGUCGCCGAUGCACACGUCAGGGGCAAGCGCUGCACGGGAGGGCGGCGGCGGCGAGCCGGUAUCCUCCUCGACUCAGCAGCAUCAGCCACAGGUCCCACCAUUUGUGCCGCCGCGUGCACCAGCUCCCUCGGCGCCGAGGACCGGGGCGCACUCGGUUUCGUCGCUCUUGUCAGACGCACCACCCUCGUCCCCGCGGGCUACGGCGGCGCACUUUGCAGCCGGGCCACAGCAGCAGCCGGAACCACGGACCCAACAGCAGCAGCAGUACGUUGGCGAAAACGGGCGACGGGACUCACCACGAGCGUCCGAGGACGAGAGGGGGGGUCGAGCGAACAUCAGCCAGCCGAGCGCGAGAUAACGAAGCCCCAAUGAACCUUAAUUUCAGCAAUGUUUCAGCCUCCUCAACCUGGCGCCGCAACCUGGUCCCAAAAACCGCCAAGAAAACCCCCCAGUUGCCGCCGCUUGGGUUCGCUUUCCAGCGUUUCCCUUUACGGCAAUUUCAACGAGCGGGACUUAGCACCGUUGCCGAAGUGGCAUGGAAGGCAAGGGUCUGAGAGUUCGGGUGUCAGGGGUGGCAUUUCUGGAAAGGGAGCAGUGCCAUGUUUCCGACAAUGCGGACUCGUUCCCUAUUCGAUGCAGCCGGCCAGGGGGAGGAGCAUUCAGAACCACACCGCGCAAGAACUGCUGGCACCGUGGGCUAGUGUAGCUUGGAUUCCGAGUCCAGCACAGCACACAAACACACGGUCCCAGGGGCGAUUUCCCGAUGCAGCUUCACUACGUAGGUAUCCAUCUACGCUAGCAUUCGCCGCAAUACGUCCCGAGGGGAAAACUCUCUGCGCCCUUUUAUCUUCUUUUUCUAGUUGGGGCACUUGUUGCCUUCUCUUCUUCUCAUCCAUCUGGAUGCUUGUUUUGCAAAUUGUAUUAAAACAGCGGGUUCAUUGUUCGUACUUACUUUUCUUUUACGUUACAGUACCGUGUACAAUACUUUACGCUAGGUACAUCCCCUUCAAUAUUUCCGACAGGGUCACUGGGCAGGAAGAUCAAAACGGAAGCUCGCAGACGAACAACAUUGCAUCCGGAAGAAAGGCGGGGGCAAAUAUGUAUGGGGAAAAAGAACCUUGAAAUUACAUACCAAGUGUACGCCAUUCCAAAACAAUGUAUUUUUGGGGCAGUUGUUGCUUUUUCUGUUGCUGUAUGCUGGCUUAGUGAAUCACAAACAGGCUGUCGCGCGAGAUUUCUCAGUCACGAACAUAGGUGGGUCUGGAACAAAAGAGUGUCAGUCACAGUCAGUUUGGUUCGACUGAGGUUCGGCUUCCCGAACCACCAGGACUGGCCAGCUGGUAAAGACAAAGUUUCCAGGUUGAGACGGCAUCUUAUGAUAAACACCAACAUGGACAAAGAUCUCCGGAAGCUGGAAUGUCUGGAAUGGGUCAUACCACACAUACACAAUACAUCUG